ACAUGCUGUAAACGAAAUCAAAAUAAAUAUAUCAACACAUAUGAAAUGAGGAAUCUAAUACUUGUCGAAAGAAUAUAAUCUCCGGGAAAUAUCUCGUAAUACAGACAAUGACGAACGUUUCUACUAAAUAAUUUUUUAAAAAUUAAUGUGAGCCUAGCCUGGAUUAUUGCACUAAUUCCGUAAAUUCUUAGAAAACCGCUUGUAAUAUGCACGAAUAUAUUGUGGAGUCAACUGGAUGUCAACCUCAAUUGUACGUUUUCAAUCAGAUUUUUAAAGCGUAUGAAAGCUUGGAUUAUGUCCGGCGUUAUAUUACAGAUAGCUACGAGUCUAAGCAACAAAAAACUUUUUUGGAAUUCUGGUAUUCAAACGGUGAUAGCAUUGUAUAUAAUAAAUAUUGGGAUAAGGAAUAUGAAAAAGAAUGGGCGGAGGAUACAUUAAAUCAUGACUCCGAAAAUGUAAUUGCUGAGUCUGAGGAAAAAAGAAAACAAAUUUGGGAGGAACACUAUGAAAAGAUAUAUAUAGAACAAUAUCAGUUAUACGCAAUAAUAUUUUAUGAAUAUUACAAACAUUUGCAUAAAUCUUUAGAUGAAGAAAGGAUUGAUUUCAUAGCUGAUAAACUUGAGGAACAUAUUGAUAGUAGUUUUGCGGAAGGUUUUGCACAAUUGGAACUGCUGGGCCUUCCUACUGCGUUUGGUAAAGCAAAAAGUAACAGAAAAGCACAAUCACAAAGGUACGAUAACUUGCAACAAGUGUACAGCGGUUUUUUCUCUGAUGAGGAGGAUUCUUCAAGUAUGGACACUCAACAUUUUAAAAAGAAUACAGUAAAAGAUCUUGAUAAACAAGUUAAGGACACAUCGACAUUAUGUGAUAUUAAAGAGAAACAAAUUAAAAAGAAGAGGGCAAACCGAAAGCUACGAAAUGUACCGCAAUUUCUAUUGGAAAAUAAAGAAAUGCUGAAAUAUUGGCGAAAACGUUUUUCCCUAUUUUCACGAUAUGAUGAUGGCAUACGGCUAGAUUGUGAAAGUUGGUUUUCAGUCACACCUGAAAAAAUUGCUGCUCAUUUGGCUGAACGCCUAUCAUGCGAUGUAAUUAUAGACGCCUUUUGUGGCUGCGGUGGAAAUGCUAUACAAUUCGCUCGCACUUGUAAGCGUGUUAUAGCGAUAGAUAUAGACCCUGUGAAAAUAUCUAUGGCAAAGCACAAUGCCAAAAUAUAUGGAGUAGCAGAUAAAAUUGACUUCAUUAUUGGAGACUUCAUGCAAAUAGAUCGUACCUGCAAUUUUCGUUGCGAUAUUGUUUUCUUAAGUCCGCCUUGGGGAGGUCCAAAGUAUAAACGAAAGGAAUCCUAUAAUAUUGAAAGUUAUUUACAACCUUCGGGAGCAUCAAAAUUAAUGGAAAUCGCCAAGCAAUUUAGUGAGAACGUAGUAUUCUAUUUACCACGAAACGCUUGCAUUAAGCAAGUCGUUGAAUUGGCUGGAGUUGGAAACAGAUGUGAAGUAGAACAUAAUUACUUAGAUUCGAGACUUGUGGCUAUAUCUGUACUAUAUGGCGAAAAUAUAUUAAAAGUAAACUAAUAACAAUGUACAA